AAAUGGACAGUCAAGGCGAGAGGUGAGUUGUGUAAGGUCCCUCUUGCAUCAUUAAGAUUAGCAUGAAUAGCAUUCGAGAGUAAUUAAUCUGGUGUAAAUACAACAGUGGACACAAAAGAGGGGAAACAAGUGAGUAUCAGAGACUCGAGGUGAAGGAACCACCAUAGUUUGCUGAAUGAAGAAAUCUGGACACAUCUUGGAAAGCGUCUGAAUGAGGCCUCUUUUAACCCACUAUUACAAGCUUCAAACGAUCACAAAAAAGGCCACGAUGUCAGAAACCGAACAGCAGCUUAUGGAGACAUCCGAAAAUGGUAACGAAGGUGAACAUCUCAAUUCCGAAGAGCCCGUGGAACAGCCAGAGGAGGAGGAGGAGGAGGAAGAAGUAGAAGACGAAGUACCAGCCGAAGUAGCAGAAGUAGUCGAAGACGAAGUAGAGGACGGCAUAGAAGACGGUGUACAAGACGGCGUAGAAGAUGGUGUAGAAGAUGCUGUAGAAGACGGUGUAGAAGACGGAGUAGAAGCAGUAAUUAAAGAAGAAGAGGAAGAAGCUAGCAUAAAGGUAGAAGACGCAGCAGAAGAGGAUUCUCAGAAUGGAACCUCAGAAGGUGGACAGAUUGACGCUAGUAAAGGCGAGGAAGACGCGGGUAAAAUGUUUGUUGGUGGACUCAGUUGGGACACCAGCAAGAAAGACCUGAAAGAUUACUUCUCAAAAUUCGGAGAGGUCACUGAUUGUACGAUCAAAAUGGACUCGAAUACAGGGCGUUCAAGAGGAUUUGGAUUUGUUCUCUUUAAAGAAGCUGCCAGUGUUGAUAAGGUGUUGCUACAAAAGGAACAUCGGUUAGAUGGUCGACAGAUUGACCCCAAGAAGGCUAUGGCGAUGAAAAAGGAGCCAGUAAAGAAGAUAUUUGUUGGUGGCCUUAACCCAGAGACAGAGGAGGAAAAGAUUAGAGAGUAUUUCGGGACCUUCGGAGAGAUUGAAACGGUUGAAUUGCCACUAGAUCCCAAGUCUGAAAAAAGGAGGGGGUUCGUCUUUAUCACGUACAAGGACGAGUCUCCGGUCAAAAAAGUCCUGGAAAAGAAGUUUCAUCAUGUUAACGGAAGCAAGUGUGAAGUAAAAGUGGCCCAGCCUAAAGAGGUAUAUCAGCAGCAGCAGUUUGGUGGUCGGGGCGGUGGCUAUGGAGGAGGUGGCGGAGGAGGAGGAGGAGGAGGAAGAGGGAGGGGCCGUGGCGGUGGUGGUGGCGGUGGUGGACAAAGCCAGAACUGGAACCAGGGCUACAACAACUAUUGGAACCCAGGUGGCUACGGCAACCAGGGCUAUGGUUACGGUGGUCAGCAGGGCUACGGUGGCUAUGGACCUUAUGGCCAGUAUGAUUAUUCAUCUGGCUACUAUGGCUACGGAGGCUAUGGCUACAACCAGGGCAAUACAAACUAUGGGAAAAGUCCAAGACGUGGAGGCCACCAGAGUAGCUACAAGCCAUACUGAUCACAUGUAGUGCAGGACCUAAGUGAUCAUGGCAGCAGGAAGCCUGCAGUGCGAGCAGCGUGGGAGUGGAUGGGCGACGGGGACCUGACUUUUACCUUCCGGAUGAACAGACUCACACCUCAUUUGUACAGAACAGACAAUUGGGGAAGCAAUGUCACUUCUCCGCCUUUUUUUUUGUUCACAUUUCCAAUGAUGGAAGUGUAAUUUUUACUGUACUUUUUGGUACCUCUAUGAAUUUAAUGUAUGUUUUUUUUUUUUUUUUUUUUUUUUUCUUUUUCCCUUUUGUUUGUAUUUUUCAUGUUCUCUGGAUUUACAGUCGAGAUGGAGAUCGGUCAACGUUUUUAGAAAAAAAAAAUAAAAUCACUUUUGACAUUUAUCUAGGUUUCCUUUUUUCCCUGGUGCUGUGAGGUGCAUGGCUGAGUGCUUUAGCAACGAAAUUGUGGAAUUUGUCUUGGAAAAGGGAUUUUGGGUUAACAUUGAUCUAAUAUGUGAAGGGGGGGGAAGCAUCGUAAGUAAAAAAGAAUAAUUAGAUUGCAGUACUAUAUUUGACAUUGGUUGGCUUAAGUUCCAAUUGUUUUUGAUCCUGCUUUAUGUGGCUUUGAUAAUUAGUGCAAUUGAAGUUUCUUCUCUGCUAUAAAGAGUGGGCUGCAGCCCAACUGGAAUUUCUUUCUUUUAGUGUCAAGUUAGAAAUAAACAUUUGAUUAUAAUA